AUGAUGCUAGACGAGAAAUACAUUGGCCUCGGCCUCGCCAUGGCAUCCAGUUUGGCCAUCGGUAUCAGUUUCGUUGUCACGAAAAAGGGUCUCAUGCAAGCAGAAGAACGCCAUGGUUUCGAAGGUGACGGCUAUGUAUACCUCAAGAGCCCGGUGUGGUGGGCUGGUAUUUCGACCUUGGUCCUUGGAGAAGUCUGCAACUUCGCCGCGUAUGCAUUUGCGCCCGCCAUUCUCGUCACUCCUCUGGGAGCCUUAUCUGUCCUGAUCGGGGCUGUUCUGGGAUCAUAUUUCUUGAAGGAAGAGCUCGGCGUCCUGGGCCGCCUGGGGAGUGCAAUCUGUCUCAUCGGCGCCGUCAUUAUUGUUCUUCACGCGCCCCCAGAUGAAGACAUUCAGACCAUCGACCAGAUCCUGCAUUACGCCAUCCAGCCGGGCUUCUUACUUUACGCAUUUGUCGUCACUGCCUUCGCCGUUUUUAUGAUCUACAAGGUUGCGCCGGUUCACGGACGGAAGAAUCCCAUUAUCUACCUCUCCAUCUGCUCGACGGUCGGCUCAAUUUCGGUCAUGUCUGUCAAGGCUUUCGGAAUCGCACUCAAGCUUACCUUCGCCGGAAACAACCAGUUCAGCCACCCCUCGACUUACGUCUUUAUGAUCCUGACGACCGUUUGCAUCCUGACGCAAAUGAACUACUUUAAUAAGGCACUUGCUCAGUUCCCCACAAACAUGGUGCGCGUACCGGACUACGCUAACAAGAGAUCACGUAGUGUCAACCCUCUCUACUACGUAACCUUCACGACAGCAACCCUUUGUGCCUCCUUCAUUUUGUUUGGCGGCUUCAACACCACCGAUACGGUCAACACGAUAUCCCUUCUCUGUGGCUUCCUUGUUACCUUCACCGGUGUCUACCUGUUGAACCUCUCGAGAUCCGAUCCGAACGGACACAAGCUGAUUGCCGGCCGUGGUGGCGACGAUGCUACCGGCACGGACAUGAUCUCAACGAUCCAAACCCGCCUGAGCAUGCAGGCCCGCAGAAGCCAAGACCCCCACCGAUUGAGCAUUGGUAGCCGUCAUGGCGAUACAACUGGCUUGAUGAGGGCCUACGACGAGGAGGCUGGUGCCGAGUUUGGUCUUACUGAUCUGGCUGAGGAAAGCGACGACGACAAUGACCAGCGCAGAGCGAACGGAUCUGCCAACGGCCACUCGAAAUCAUACAAUGAGACAAUCGAGCUCCAGAACCAGAGGUCCGACAGAUGA